AUGCCAUUGCGAGACAGAAAAUUGGAAGGGUCCUUAUUCUUCUCUGCGCAGAUCGGAUGCGCAGUACGAUCUAACCAAUUGACAGCCAGUGGACAAGACAGAAUACCAAAGGAGAUCGAUUUAUGUUUAAUCCAGUCCAUGGGCAUACUCUGUCGUCGUGAUCAUCGUGCAGAAGAGGAUGCCACAGCAGUUCGUUUUUUCAAAGAGGCCGGUGGGAUUUUAAUUGCUACAACCAAUAUUCCCGAACUCCUUUUAUGGACCGAAUCGAGGAAUAAUGUAUAUGGACAGACAAAUAAUCCUUACAAUACCACUAGGACGGUCGGUGGUAGCAGCGGGGGAGAUGCGGCCAUAGUAGCAGCGAGUGGUGCUCCAUUAGCCGUUACUAGUGAUAUAGGAGGCUCCACAAGAAUGCCCGCAUUCUUUAAUGGAUUGUUUGGCCACAAACCCAGUGAAGGAUUGACUCCAAUAGCUGGAAUCGGAUUACGCGAGAAAGAUUAUCCAGACACAAUGUGUACAGUUGGACCAAUUUGCAGAAAGGCUGAAGAUCUAGCACCAUUUUUGAAGGCAGUAAUCGGUCCUAACGUGACUAAAUUAAAACUGGAUGAGCCGGUGAAUUUAAAAACUCUGAAAGUAUUUUACCAAGAGAGCUCUGGUGAUUUGAGAGCAAGCAAAAUAAACAGCACCAUGCGAGUUACAUUAAUGAAAGCAGUGCAACAUUUUAGAGAACUGACAGGUUCUGCAACAAAGAUUAAAAUACCAGGUUCUCAAUAUAGUUUCAAACUGUGGAGAUAUUGUAUGUACGGCGAGGAGAUUAAUUUCAAGUUGAACAUAACGAAUCGAAAGUAUGUCGCCAGCGCGAGUGGAGAAAUUUACAAUUUACUCACUGGAAAUUCACAGUUAACGUUGGCUGCUAUCAUGAAAUUAAUGGAUGAAGAUUUCUUACCACGGGAAAACGCCGAAUGGACAAAAAAUGCCAUUACAAAAGCGAAAAAAUUCUUGGCGGAGAAAUUGAGUAACAAUGGGGUAUUGUUUUAUCCUUCGGCACCCUUUCCCGCCAGUUAUCAUUAUUCUGCAUUUCUGAGACCCUUUAACUUUGGCUAUUGGUGUCUGUUCAAUGUUUUGCGGUUUCCAACUUGCCAAGUACCACUGGGCUUGGAUGAACAGGGCUUGCCAGUUGGUAUUCAGGUGGUAGCAGCUCCAUACAAUGAUCAUCUAUGCUUUGCGGUGGCUAAAGAACUUGAAACGACAUUCGGUGGUUGGGUUCCACCAUCAUGAAUCACGUGCAAGGUAUACGUUUUUUUAAAGAGAUUUAUGUUAACUCAUAUAUAUUCGGUUACCGACGUUCACAAAGAGCAUUUACAAGAUAAUAUGUAAUAGAUAAUAGUUGUGGCUGUGGGAAUAUCUAGAAAUGCUAUUACAAAUGUCUAUGUUGGCAUAUGUUUCUUAUUAAUAUAUGAAUAAUUCAUAAAUUAUGUAAUAUUGGAUUAUUCAGAAAGUUCAUGCAGUUUUUCAACAGAUGACAUUAAAAUAUGUAUAUCUAUGUCAUGCGUAUGUACUUGUAACAUAUGUACAUACUCUGAAAAGUGACAUUUCGAUGCGUCUUUCAAACAUAAACAUAAUUAAAUUGAUCCAGUUUUGCUCGUCCUAUAGCCAUUUGAAAAUGGAAGAAAAUAAGAUGCAUUUUCGAUAUAUUAUGUUUUUUUACUUCAAGAAAGACAAGAACGCCAUUCAGAUAACAAAAAAGAUUUGUGCCGUUUACGGAGGUCAUAGCUGAAAGAACUCUUUAAAAGUGGUUAGCUUGCUUUAAACGUAGUGAUUUUAGCAUCGGAAACCAAGAACGCUCAGAUAAACCUUCGGUGAUCCAAUUUCAGCAUUAAUUGAAAAUAAUCAACGCUACACUACGAGAUAUAACGGAUAUAUUCCAUAUAUAUAUCUAAUUCAAUCGUUGCACAGCAAUUGGAAGCACUUGUCUUUGUGAAUCGCCAUGAUAUUUGAAUUCCUCACGUUUGACCGAUAAAAAUUUAAUAAAAAUCGCAUUUCCAUCUGUGAUUCGCUCUUUAAACACAACGAAAACAAAUAAUUUUUUAAACAGAUGAUUAUGGUGAAAAAUGGAGCGUAUAUAAUAACGUAGAGCGCAAAUAAGAUGAAGCACCAUUAACCAAGGCUGGUCUGCAUCCUAAAAAGAUCAUGUGGUAUAUUUAGUAGGAUUGGAAAGGCGUUAUUUAUUUUGAGCUUCUUUCACAAAGCUUAAUUUAGACAAACUGUGUCAAUUAGAUUAUUUGAAGACAGCGAUCGAUGAAAAGCAUCUCGAAUUGGUCAAUCGAAAAGAUGUUAUCUUUCACCAGGAUAAUGCCAGACCUCGCGACCCGACAGAAAUUGAUAUAAUUUAGCUGAGAUGUUCUAUCGCAUUUGCUAUAUAUUCAUCGACUUAGCACCCUGUGAUUACCACUUAUUUCGGAAACUACCUAUAAAAUUUCGUGACUGGUAAAAACUUUAUAUCUUUGCAAAAAUCACGUUUUAUGGUUCAUCGUUCAUUCAAUUACAAAAAUGACGACUUUUGAAAAUCCGGAAUCCUGAAACUUCCUCAAAGAUGGCAAAUGGUAAUCGAACAGAAUGACAAAUAUGUGAUUGAUUAAAUGUAUGUAUGAAUGUAUAAAAAAUGUCUGAAUUUUAAUUAAAAAUCCGCACGAACUUCCUGAACGAUUCAAUACAUUAAUUUUGAAUAUAUAAUUCAUUUGUGAUCUUAAUCCUCCAUCGGCAAUCUGGGUCUUUUAUGACAAUUUUUCGAUUAUAAAUUUUAAGAAAAUGAAUAGAUGGUGAGGUUCGGUAUCUCGCCCUAAAAAAACUUUCUGUUACGGUAAAAACUUGUUAAAGGUUUCACAAGUGUAUAUGAAUUUUUUCAGAUUUUUAUUUAACUGAAUAAAAGAAAAAUCUGCUGCGGAUUUUAAAGACCCAUUCGUGAAAAAAAAUUAACUAUAGAUGACACUGAAAUCAUAGAAAAUGGUCGCUCUGAGGAGAAAGCAUAUUUUUUUAUUUUUUAUUUUUGUUUAGCUUUAGGCAUCUUUAUUCUUUAGUUUCCAUUGAGAAACUAUACUAUAAAUAUCGCUAAUAAUUUUCGUUUUUUUGCAUUUUCGUGUAUUUUUACUGUGUUAAUUUUGAAUAUUAUUAUUAUAUUAUAUAUUAUAUUAGAUCAUUAUUAUAUAUGUAUUAUUCUUCUUAAAGUGAUUUGUCUACAUUCCUUCAAAAGAAACUCCUUUAAGUGCCACUCGCAAAUUUUGACAACCUAGAUUGAAAAUUUCACACUCGAUGGAAGAUUAAUUAUCUAAACAUAUACACAUACAUAUACAUGCAUACAUAAAAUUUAGUAUAUUAUCUUAUUAUUUUAUGUACAUGCAUCAAGCAAUACGUACUACUUAAAUUACACAUAUGCAUUGAUUGCAUAAACUAUCUUGUAUUAACUAAAUAGACAUUACUGACAUUAGUAUCUAAUAAGUUCAAGAAAUUGUAAAAAAACAAAAUAAUUUUUUCAAUAAAAGAUUUUCAUCGAAA